AUGCCUGAGCCUUGCAAGAAACCCGUCCUCCAAGCCUACUACAAAGAGCGAGUUUUGUGCUAUCGCCGUUUGGCCUUGCUUGGCCCCAAUUGCUUUAUGCCAGUAUUUCUUAAAACACUGGAAAUGAAGGAUGCGCUUUAUCGCAAGCACUGGCUGGCGACCUGCCAGUACAAGCCCAGAGCAUACCUGAAUGAUGCGCUGUUCAACAACAUGAGUGACAAGGACUUGAAGGCUUUCAUCCGAGUGGACCAUAGGGAAUUCAAUGGCAUUAUUGAAGAGUUUGGGGACCAUCAGAUGCUCCAUAGCUGGGGAACCAAGAGGGCAGCAACUCCCAAAAUGCAAAUAGGUCUGGCUCUCCGCUGUCUGGCCACUGGUUCAAGCUUAGAGGCUUUGUCGAGACAAUUCAAACUGAGCAGUAAAUGGUACUGUGAUCCUUACACCAAGCACGCAUGUACUGCCAUUGCAUCCAAGCGUGACAAGUUCAUUGUCUGGCCGGAUGCCUUUGAGUGCUCAGCAAUCCAGAAGGCCGUCCUUGGCAAAUAUGGUCUUCCAGGCUGUGUUGGCUAUAUUGAUGGCGUGUCCAUCAAUUUCUACCAGACCCCAAAUAGAGGCCGUGCCAACAACGCGAGUCUCUGGAGUUACAAGAAAAAUUACUGCCUCAACAUUGUGGUCACAUAA